AUGUCAAAAUUUGAGGAAUCGUUUCGAACGCAAAUGAAAAUAUGGACGUUAAGGAUUCCUGGGAGGGAAAAGAAGAACGGACAAACAAAGAGAGAGUAUCGGAAUAUCGACAACAAAAAAGUAAAACUAACACUCCAACACGAACUUGUCGAUCAGGGAUACCAGUCAUCCGAAAUGCAGGAAAUCCUAAAGAUGAACGCAAAACGAAAGGGGAUAUGA